UGCCGGAGCGCAUGCGCACAGAGCUGCGCUCAUCUUGGAUAUAAAUCCGAGCUGCGCUCGCGCUCUAAGCAACCUUUUUUUUGCUCCAGACUCAGCGCGCGGCGGGAGGCGGAUUUGGCAAAACCCAGCAGCUGUUCAGGAUUCGAGAAAACCUAUUUGCAGAUAGCCGCGGAUCCUCCUAAAUGAAGCUGCACGUGCUGCUCGCGGCGGGGGCUCUGUUGGGAGGCUUUCUGCCGCGUGACGAAUGCAAAGCAAUAGACACGAGCGGCGGUUUUUCUACGUUACCGGAACUGCAGCCGCCGGUUCUGCCGAUUCUCAUGCGCGUGGGAGAGGAGUACUUCAUCAGGCUGGACGGCCCACAACGGAGCGCGCGGCUUUCACCGCAAAGCAGCUCGCCACGCGCGAGCGCCGGAAAGCGCGCGCUCCAGCUGCAGCUCACGCGGGGGCUGCUGCGAGGGCGGGUCGCUGAGGUAGGAAAAGCGUUAACGGACAGCGCGACCGAACGCGAGCGUCGCUCCGACGAAGCACCCAUCUCACUGGACCUGACGUUUCACCUGCUGCGCGAGGUGCUGCAGAUGGCGCGAGCCGAGCGGUUAGCGCAGCAGGCGAACAACAACCGCAAAAUUAUGGACAUCUUUGGCAAAUAGAAGCUACACAUUCCCCUCAAAACUUUUCCACCACACUGCUACUGAUCUGUGGAAGCACGUAACUUAUUUUCAUACGUAGCAUUAGGCCACAUUUAGUCACGUGUGUUUGGUGACAGUGAUUACAGUACAGUGAGAUGUUUAUUUGUCAAGAAAAAGUUGUUAAAUAAACAGUUUUUAAAAAGUA